AUGGACAUUGACCGUGUAUGCGGAUUGCAUAAUCAUCCACCUGCGGAGCACCUCGAGGGACAUUCAUAUGCGGGGAGGCUAUCCAAGGAUGAGAAAGCAUUGUUAAUGGAUAUGUCAAAGAGCAUGGUUCGGCCAAAAGAAAUCCUAGUAACCUUGAAACAGCGAGAUGCCUUCAAUGUAAGCACACUUAAAACCAUUUACAAUGUACGCCAUCGAAACAGGGUGGUACAGCGAGCUGGAAGAUCACAGAUGCAACACUUAUUGGGUGAAUUGGCCAAGUAUAAUUACAUUGAGCGCCAUCGAUAUCGGCUUCCUCUUCUUGAAAUUGUGGGAGUGAUAUCAACUGAAAUGACAUUCUCUGUAGCUUUUGCAUACUUACAGUAUGAGAGGGUCGAUAACUAUGCGUGGGUGUUAGCCACAUUACGUGAUGUCAUGGAUGGGUUUGUUGUGCCAACAGUUAUUGUUACUGACAGAGAGCUAGCCUUGAUGAAUGCCAUACAGAAGAUAUUCCCGAGUGCCAGACAUUUAUUAUGUCGUUGGCAUAUCAGUAAGAAUGUGUUGACCAAAUGCAAGAAAAUGUUUGAGACACAGCAAAAAUGGGAGAAGUUCAACCAUGAGUGGAACUCUGUAGUGUAUUCAUCUUCUGAAAUUCAAUACGAGGAGCGUCUUAAAUCAUUACUUAAGGAAUUCAGUAGUUAUCCUGAUGCAGUCAAAUAUGUCAUGGAUACUUGGUUGGUUCCUUACAAGGACAAAUUUGUGGCGGCAUGGACAGACACGUGUAUGCAUUGUGGCAAUGUUACAACGAACCGGGCUGAGAGUGCACAUGCAAAACUUAAAAGACAAUUGGGUUCAUGUCAAGUCUCAUUUCAGGCAUCAUUUGAGAAAAUACACAGUCUGCUUGAGUUGCAACACACUGAUAUCAAGGCUUCAUUUGAGAAAAGUCUAACUGUUGUGCAACAUCAAUUUAAACCUUCUCAAUUCAGGGAGCUACGGGGGAAUGUGUCUAUCUCUGCACUAGACUUGUGGAUGCAUCCUUCGCCACACUCAUGGUUUAUCUUGCGCCCAUGA